UGUUUUGUUCCCCACCACCAAUAACGGAGUCCGAGUAGUGCUACUUGUCUCUCGCUCGCUCAUUUUUACCGACAAACACAAACCCCUUUCCCUUUUCUCGGAACUUUUUAUUUUGUUUUGUAAGGAAGAAAAAAAGCCCAAUUUUCGCCGUUCUUUCCCAUUUCAACCACACGCACACGCACACGCACUCAAAUCCAUUUCAACCAAUGUAAUGUGUCUGUCUGGGUGCUAAUUUUUUUGCCUGAAAGGAAAUUGAGAUCUCAAAUAAAAUCCUCCAUUCCAAACCAAAUGCAUGGUUACAGCCGCCUGGGCGGAGCAGCGCGGUCGCCUCCGUCGUCUCCUCGGUUCCGGCACGGCCGGAGCAAGAGCAGCAGCUGGUGUUCGUCGAAGGAGAGCAAUUCCAUGGAGAAGUUGGUCUUUAUUCUUAUGUCGGCAGUUUUUAGAAGGCGUGGUUUGCUUCUCUUCGCUCCUUUGUUGUACAUUUCGGGAAUGCUGUUGUAUAUGGGUUCCUUGAGCAUCGAUGUCGUCAGUAUAAAGAACGGCGUCGUUCUUGUACACAAGCGUGCUCCUCCCGGUUCUGUUUAUAGGAGUCCUCAGCUCUUCCAAAACUUGUGGCCUUUCAUGGAGGCUGAUAAUGGAACUACUCUCAAUGUGUUGAUGAGAGCAUGGACUAAAAAGGAGCUUAGAGAGUGGAAGCCCUGUGCUAACAGAAGUGUUCCUGAAAUAGAAUUGCCAAAGUCAAAUGGGUUCCUUAUAAUUGAAGCAAAUGGUGGAUUGAAUCAGCAACGCUUGUCGAUAUGUGAUGCAGUUGCUGUGGCUGGACUACUAAAUGCAACUCUUCUUAUUCCUAUAUUUCAUUUAAAUAGUGUAUGGCGAGACUCAAGCAAUUUUGGUGACAUUUUCGAUGAAAAUUUCUUCAUACAAUCACUUGGAAAUCGUGUGCAUGUGGUGAGAGAACUCCCUGAUGACAUACUUCAACGAUUUGACAAUAACAUAAGUAAUAUUGUCAAUCUUAGAGUAAAAGGUUGGUCCAGUUCAGCUCACUAUCUUCAGAAGGUCCUUCCUCAGCUUUUGGAAAUGGGGGCUGUUCGCAUUGCACCUUUCUCCAACAGAUUAGCUCAAGCAGUACCCUCAAAAAUCCAAGGGCUUAGGUGCUUUGCCAAUUUUGGAGCUCUUAGAUUUUCAGAACCUAUACGAACACUUGCAGAAAGCAUGGUUGAUCGGAUGGUUAAAUAUAGCUCCCAUAGUGGAGGGAAAUAUGUUUCAGUGCAUCUUCGUUUCGAGGAGGAUAUGGUUGCAUUUUCAUGCUGUGAGUAUGAUGGUGGGGAGGAGGAGAAACAUGAAAUGGAUAUUGCUCGUGAAAGGAGUUGGCGAGGUAAAUUCAGAAGAAAGCAUAGGAUAAUAAAGCCUGGUGCAAAUCGUGUGGAUGGAAGAUGCCCACUGACUCCUUUAGAGGUGGGAAUGAUGCUUAGAGGCAUGGGUUUUGAUAACACAACCUCAGUAUAUGUUGCAGCAGGAAAGAUUUAUAAAGAACAGAAGUACAUGGCACCACUUAAACAGAUGUUUCCACGAUUACAAACCAAGAAUACGCUGGCAACACCAGAAGAGCUUGCUCAAUUUAUGGGGCAUUCGACUAGGUUGGCCGCUCUUGAUUAUACUGUUUGCCUUCAUAGUGAAGUAUUUGUUACAACCCAAGGUGGAAAUUUCCCCCACUUCUUGAUGGGUCACAGGCGCUAUAUGUAUGGUGGACAUGCAAAGACAAUAAAACCCGACAAAAGAAGAUUGGCUCUAUUAUUCGAUAAUCCUAAUAUAAGAUGGGAAGUAUUCAAGCAGCAAAUGAAAGACAUGCUUCGUCAUAGUGAUCAAAAGGGAACUGAAUUAAAAAAGGCUGGUGAGUCUCUAUAUACUUUUCCCAUGCCAGAUUGUAUGUGUAGACAGGCAGAACCCAAAAGUGAAAACGGUAACACGACGAAAUAUAUGAAGCUAUAAAUGUAGAGGAAUCGUUUUUAGGAAAUCAACUUGUUCAAUACAUGUAAUUUAUUUUGUAACAUUAUUAUUUUUUAUUUUCUAGUAAAAAGUAGCUGUGAAUUCAUAAUUAUUAUUAUUAUUGUAUAUUGUACAUGAGAUUCAUGGUAAACUGAGAUAGACUUGCACGUGAUUAUCAUGAUUCACUUUACUUUUGAACGAUCGACAAACCUUGUGUGACAAUUUAAUUUAUUAAGCCAAGAUGCUCAAUUUGCAAGUGAUAAAUAACAUCAA